CUGUACACGUCAGCUUGACAGUCGAAAUCGUUUUCAGCGAAAAUAACAACAAAUCAUUUUUCUUGUGCAGCUUCUAUUUACACUCAAAGUGAAUCACAAAAGGUCGAAAUUUUCUAUUUUUUCAGCCAUAUUAUCAGUACGCAACAAUGGGAAACAAACAAGUGAAGCAACAUUUUGAGACUGCGAAGAAAACGGGUGUGCUGAAGAUAUCUCUACUGCGACUGGACGAGUUUCCUUCCGCGCUGAAAACAUUCCCGAACGUGUUGAAAACAUUGGACAUUUCGGAAAAUCGAUUCGCAAUAUUGCCGGAGGAUAUCGCAAAAUUUACUCUCCUCAAGCAUCUGAACGCUAGCGGAAACAAAAUAGCGGAAGUUCCCGAGUGUAUAGGCGUGCUGGUGAAACUGGAAACUCUCAACAUGAUGAACAACCUGCUCACGUCCGUCCCGAGGAGCCUGUCGAGCUGCACCCAUCUGAAGCAAGUAAUCCUCAGCAACAAUCAGAUCAGCACAUUUCCGGUCGUAUUCUGCGAGCUGAAGCAGCUGGACCUGCUGGAUCUAUCAAGGAACAAGAUAACGGAAGUACCGCCAGAUGUAAAGUCGCUGCAGGUGACCGAGCUGAACUUGAACCAAAAUCAAAUCACCAUCGUCGCCGAAGAGAUAGCCGAUUGUGCUAAGCUAAAGACGCUACGGCUGGAGGAGAACUGUCUGCAAAUAUCAGCCAUACACCCGAGGAUUCUGAUUGAAUCGAAAGUUUGUAACCUUUGCGUGGACGGUAAUCUUUUCAACUCGAAACAGUUUAACGAGCUGCAAGGAUACGACGCAUACAUGGAACGGUACACGGCGGUCCGGAAAAAGAUUUCAUAAGGUGCUCACGUCGCAGAACAACGAUGAUUAUUAACCCGACCAGGCAGGAGAGCAACGAUUGGACGUAACUUAUAGGACCAUCGUUCGACAUGAAACAGUUUUGCUAUCUGUGUCCCGCAUCACCCAUCACCAUCUUUUUAUCGAAAUGUAAUAAUGCAACGAUCAUGUUCUUGUACACACACACACCACUGUUUGUUAAUAGAUCUAUUUAGUCUGUAAGACGUGGCUAGCAAAAUUGCGCUGAUUUGCUGAUGUAAAAGAACAGUCUGUUAUCAUUUGCGUUGUUUUCAAAUAAAUUGUAUGUUUGUAAUGUAUCGAAAUCUACCAUCAAACCAA